AUGGCCAAACCCCAGGGUGCACCGCCUCAUAUUCACCUCCACUCACCGGCCGUGGACUUCAUUGAGACCAGGCUGCCCAAAUAUCACCCAGUCUUCGCCUCCGAGAACGUCAUGUUUUGCCCCGAAACAAAUCGUAUCCGAGACGCAACAAGAUGGAGAGAGGUAAAUGAAGUACUCGAACGUGCUCGACUGGAGUACAAUGGGCGAGAUGACGAGUGGGACCAUGGACUUAUUGGCAAAUUCAAGAGACACGGCCGUAGCUCAGGGAAACUGGUUGCUCAGCCAAUCCAGCAGAUCAUCAAAGUUCUCUCAUCUCAUUCCGUUGCCACUCCUGUGUUGGGUGUCGUCAAUCUGCUCAUGACGUACGCCUGGAAAGAAGCCGCCAAGGUUCGGGACCAAGUCUCUACCGAGAUCGACAAGUUAGGCAAGGGUGUCUUGUUCGCCAACAUGAGGCAAUACUAUGAGACCUUUAAGGACGACCAAAACAUCAUCAAUGCAUCGGUGAACCUCCUCCUCACUAUUUUCAAGGCCCUCGAGGGUGCCAUUGGCUUCUAUAUUAGCCAGCAAGGUGCAGAAAUACCCUUCCUGCUGUCAUUCCACCGGCUUGUCAAGGCUGCUUUCCGUGGCGACGAGUACAUGACCUUGCUACGAGAGAGUCUGAUUAAGAUUAAGACUGACAGCGACAACCUGGAGAACGAAGCAAGCAUUCCUUCUGACCAGGAGCAAGAAUCCGCCAGAUCUAGCCAAAUCCUACACAACUCCGAGAUCAUUCGACAAGGGCAGCAGGAAAGUAAUAUAAUGAUGAUUGACGCAUGGAACAAGAUCUUGCCCGUGCUAGGAAAUUACGAACAACCCCCCCCGCCCUCCCCCUGGACCCCCCAGCUCCUCCACGACCUCGUCGCCGCAGCCCACGGCCUCGACAAGGAAGACAUGGACGCCGUCCUCGACCGCGCCGGCACCAUGCCCGCCGACGACCGCGGCCGCGCCGAGCACGUCGUCGCCACCCGCCACUUCCGCCACUGGAUGCUGCGCCGCGACAUGGCCCGCCUGCUCGUGCACGGCGACUUCGACUCCCCAGAAUCCGUCUCGCCGCUGUCUGUGCUGGCGAAGGAGGAGGAGGAGGAGGAUGCUGCUGGGCCUGGACUGCUUAUGCAAAGCUUUAUUGCGCAGUUGUUGCUGCAGUGUCCGUAUACGUCGCCCCCCACACUACCCCCCAAUGUAUCGCUUGACAACCUCGAGGCCGGCGACGUGGACCAGCUAUGCAUCGUCUUUUCGCUCAUGGCGCGCCGCCUGCCUGCGUCUGCGACGCUGGUGGUUCUCGUCGAUGGGUUGAUGGUCUAUCUGCGCAGGCAGUUCAGGGAUGACAUGGAUACGGUGCUGGACGCGUUGCUAGGGCUAGGGGACAGGGACAAGGAUGGGGCGCCAAGGGUGCGCUGCUCAGUUAAAUUGCUGUUGAUGAGCCCGCAGCCGACGAGGUCGAGAGACUUGGUAAAGGUGUUUCGGAGCUGUGGGGGGCUGCUGAGUAUGGAGGCUAUGUAUGACUCGGGCCAGGGACCAGGUAGGAGUGGGGUGGGGGGGCAGCUUGAGAUGGGGUUGGGUGGGUUUGUUGAGGGGGACGAGGAGGAUGAUGAGGAUGAUGAGGAAGAAGAUGAUGAUGAUGACGAAGUUGAAGAAGUUGGAUGA